CUCUGUCCAACCUGCUGACCGCUCUAAUUUACUGGGAACAAACUAGCAGGUCAGAGGACUGCAGACAUGGCUCAGUGGAGGACUAUCCGAGUAGAUUGUGAACAAACCACUAGCGCUGUGUGCGUGGUCGGCAUGGAGCUCAGCGUAAACCUGGACAGGGAUGCCCCUCCCGGUUGCAAGUUCUUCUCUGUGAAGUGCUCACAAAAUGUUCUAUACACCAUUAGCCCUACACCAAACGAGACUUCCCAUCUGUCUCCUAUGCUCCUCAGUGGAAACACAGUGUUACACAUUGGCACGAAACGUCACUUUCAUCCUAGCCCCAGCUACAAAGAAAAGCUGACUAUCCGGUUCUAUGGAGAGAAAAAAGCUUUUAUAGGAGAUGCACAGCUUGAACUGGUACCUCUUGAGCUCUCACUAGAUGUGGAUGCUGACAGAGAUGGUGUUGUGGAGAGAAACAACCCAAAUAAGGCUUCCUGGAAAUGGGGUCCUGAUGGGCAUGGAGCUGUCGUUUUGGUAAACUGUGACAGAGAAAGUUAUUACCACGAAAAACCAGACUGUCAAACCAAAGGCCACAAACCAAAUCAGACAGCUCUUAAGGACUGUGCAACCAUGGUUCUGCGCACCAGCGGCCCGCCCAACCUCUCCGGAGGUUACAAACUUACCUUGCAUAUCUCUCAGGGAGAUUCAGAGUGUAUUCGAGUCUACCGAGAUGAGACCGAGGACGAGGCACGGAUUACUAAGGCCAAAAUGCCAAUAUUUAUUAGACAAUGUGUAAAUGAAUUUCCACUGGUCCUGAGCAGCGAGGUGCUGUCUCAGGAAGUGCCUUACCCUGGACCCGAUCAAGAACUUAUAUUUUAUGUGGAGGGCCUGAGGUUUCCUGACAAGGAUUUUGAUGGACUCGUAACCAUUAACCUCAGCUUAGUGAGGACGUCCCGUAAGGGCGUUCCUGAGACACCUGUUUUCACAGACAAAGUGGUGUUUAGAGUUUCGCCAUGGAUCAUGACACCCAAUACCCUCCAGCCUCAGGAGGUGUUUAUCUGCAGUACAUCUGAUAACUACCAGUUCCUCAAAGGAAUGCAGGACCUUGUUGACAGGAGCGGGCACAAGCUGAAGAUCCUCCAAGAAUACAAGAACAGAGGAGACCGCUGGAUUCAAGAUGAGCUAGAAUUUGGCUACGUUGAUUCGCCCUAUCACAGGUUUCCUGUUGUUCUGGAUUCACCAAGAGAUGGAGACCUUGAUUAUUUCCCCUAUGGUGAUCUCCUGGGGCGUGACUUUGGUUAUGUGAAAAGAGAAGCUCAAAGAGAUGCUGUUAGCAGUCUGGACUCCUUCGGUAACCUGGAGGUCAGCCCUCCUGUCACAGUGAAUGGGAAAAAAUACCCUCUGGGCAGAAUCCUCAUUGGAGUUGCCUUCCCAACGACCACAAAUGGACGAAACAUGACCCAAGUCGUUCAAGACUUCUUGUGGGCUCAGAAGGUUCAGGAACCUGUGGCCUUGUAUUCUGAUUGGCUCGUCGUUGGCCAUGUCGAUGAAUUCAUGACUUUUGUUCCUGCUCCUGACAGAAAGGGCUUUCGACUGCUGCUGGCCAGCCCACACGCUGGCUACAAAAUAUUCAAAAAACUUCAAAAUGAUGGACAUGGCCAAGCCAAAAUCUUUGAAGGUUUGAAAGAUGAGAAGCCAGUGACAGUGGAUAAGAUCCUGAGUGAUGACAGGCUCCGUCUUCAAAAUGAAUAUGUGCAGGACUGCAUUGACUGGAACAGGGAUGUGCUGAAGAAAGAGCUGGGCCUGGAUGAGGAGGAUAUUAUUGACCUGCCAAUCCUUUUCAAGCUGGUGACUAAGGGCAAACAAGAAAGAGCAGUGGCCUACUACCCUGAUAUGGUCAACAUGAUUGUCUUGGGGAAACAUCUUGGCAUUCCGAAGCCGUUUGGCCCCAAGGUGAACGGCCGCUGUGUCCUGGAGGCCAAAAUGUGCUCCCUGAUGGAGGGCCUGGGUCUAACCUGCACGUUCAUUGACGACUUUGCCUCCUACCACAAACUGCUGGGAGAGGUGCACUGCGGCUCCAACGUCCGUAGAAAGCCGUUUGAUUUCAAAUGGUGGAACGUUGAGCUGUGAAUGAAACACUGAAGCUGAGAAAAUCCAGGUCUACAUUCUUUUGGGAUUUAGUUAAAGUUGUUUUGGUAGCUAUAGGUACAGAAAAUGCUGUUUUAUGUCAGAGCAAAGCCUUUUUUUGAAUUAUAAUUAGAUGUUAAUGAAAAGCAAUUCCCUGUUUCUACCACUUGAAUUCUUGAAAUUUCCAGGGGCUGAACCCUUUGCAAUACUUGCACUGCAGUAAACCUGGUGUGGCAUAAAAGGAGUGCUUAGUAAUCAUCCAGGCUGAACAGCAUGUUUGUUUCUAUCUUGUUGAAAUAGAAUUUACAAUCAGAGCAAAGGUAGUUUUGUCAUUAAAUCUAAAAACGAUGAAUAUAAAUGCAAUCACUUAAUCCUCAGUUAGGCACCAAUUGCCGCAGAGGACGACCUGAAGAUAAUUUUCUAAAAUCAUCACCAAGAGAUUAAAAAGUGCCCCAUUUCAGUAAACAAAGGUGUUCCCGUUAUAUCUGUGAUAAAUUAAACUGGACAUGCAAGCUUAAAUAAAUCAAAUGCUCCUAUUACACCCUCCGACAGGAGGGGAACAAACAGGUUUAUUGUCCCCCCCAAUCCAGAGUUUGGAUUUUCCAACACUGUAUCACUUCAAAAUUAUAGACUCUCAUUCUUUGCAUGAAAUAAAUCAGCAUUUCAGAAGAAAUAACUCCAGAACUAGUGGUGUUCAUAUUCAUUUUUACUAAACCUUUUUCUUUACUUCAUUUACAAAAAAAGAUGAAAAGCAAUAUUUACAAACAAGUCAUUUGUAACAAGGGUUUAAAGCAAACAGUUCACAAAAACAACAACAACAAA